GUUAUCAGCUGUUUCAGUAAACAAAGAGAAGCAUUUCGCGAUGGAUGCUGAUGAAAAUGGUGCUCCUCAACAAGUUAUUAAUAUUACUGAUAAAUUUUCAAUUGAUGAUGAUUCCUUGUCAUCUACUUCUGAUUCUGAUGAUUACAUCAACAACUGGUAUUUCAUGCCUGAUUCGAUCCUGUUGAGCAUAUUCAAAUUACUGACUCCCAAAGAGGUUGUCAACAUUGGAUUAGUGUGUAAACAUUGGAACCGUGUCUCUCAGGAUGAGCUCCUGUGGAAGGAUCUCUUUUACAGAACCUACAAAAUUGAUCCCUCGGUUGGAAUAAUGCCAGGAAAGACUUCAUGGUUCGAAGAAUUCAAACGAUUGUCAUAUCAUACACCUUUACUAGAGACUGAAGUGCUGCUGGAUCACGCUCAUCAAGUUUUGCAUGUUAGUUUUUCGCAUAAUGGCAAAAUGUUCGCAACUUGCUCUAAGGAUGGUCAUAUACUAGUAUGGAACAGUCAAUUUCCAGCUACAGUUAAAUACCAACAUGAUAUGAAGACCUUUAGUUGGAAGUAUACGCAAUUUUCUCAAUUUAAUUGCUCCGAUACUCUACUUUUGGUGUCUGGUGUACAUUUUGGAACACCUCACAGCACAUCUGGUGAAAUAGCUGUCUUCAGAUUAGCGCCUGGAUUUGAUCUUCAAUGCAGAGUUGGUAAUAAACCAUUUGACAUAUUCGGUACGUGGUACAGUGAGCGUUACCUUUUAAGUGGUGAUUCACACUGGCUUGCACCCAUGGUGAGUUCAAGCGUCCUUUGGCUCAAUAAGGCGAAUCAGGAAUCGGCUAGUGAACAUGUGCCGAUAAUGAAUCAACUAUACAAAUUUUAUAAUUUUAAUUCAACGUCAAUACGUGCUGUGAUGGUAGCUAAUUGUUUGUGCCCUGAAUCCACGGAAGCUGAACAAACUGAAAGUCAACAGUCGACAUCAAGUCAAAAAGAAACUCAAGCAAGCUCGACUCAACGAGAUAUUUCUUCGAUGUCAGUAGAUAAUCAGCAAGAAGAGCCUGAAGUCCUUCAUCAUGCGUCUUCUAGAUUACAAUAUAGUACAUUAGAAGGUGGUUUUAUGAAUUGGAAAAGAUUAGGAGAUGGUUUUGAAUAUGCCAAUCCCAUUAGAUAUAAUGAAGAAUAUCGUCAAGUUGAAAUGGAACGAGAAACAACGGAGAGUGAUAGUGAAACAGAUGCACCUCAGUGGGAAGAUGAAAGUGAAUUAUCAGAAAUAUCCGAAACUGCUGAUGAUUGUGAUUCUGAUGACUUAGCAGAUAAUCCGGAAAAAUUUCUUAUAUUUACCACUGGUUCUAAAACCUACACACAUCAUCAAGUAGGUUUCAAACGUAUUAAAGCUGUAAACUUUCCACGGAGAUUAGACCCCGGGCCGUCUUUGAAAGAGAGAUUGGCGCAACGAGAACGCGAACGUGAGAGACAAAAUUCUGGUUCUCAUCCCGAGCCCAAUUGGCUUGAUUAUGAAUCAGUGGCUGAAAGAUUUGACAAAAUUGAUCAUGUCAUAGAUCUUCAUGGACAUAUUAUAGGAAUGGGUCUAUCUCCAGAUCAUAGAUAUCUUUAUGUAAAUACCAGGCCUUGGCCACGGGGAUACGUUAUUACGAAUCCACUAAACCCGCCACCAAUUGCUCAAGAAAUAGAUAUUCAUGUAAUUGAUUUAGUUACGUUGAAACAAGUAGGGACAAUGUUAAGAGCGCACAAAGCUUACACAUCAAAUAAUGAUUGUUAUUUUAUAUUUCUGGAUGUCUGUGAUGAAUACGUUGCAAGUGGUGCUGAAGAUAAACAUGGGUAUUUAUGGGACCGACAUUAUGGUGUAUGUCUUGCUAAAUUUCCACAUAAAGACGUUGUCAAUGCAGUUGCAUUUAAUCCCUGCAAUCCUGAGAUGCUCGUUACUACCAGUGAUGAUUAUACUGUUAAAGUUUGGCGUAGUCGUGCUGCUGUUAAGGCAUUAGGACUCGAUGAAAAUGCAUAUCGACGUGGAUUGGAGGUACGAAAGAGGCAUAGAUAUCACCGAAGUAAUUGUAAUAUUGAUUGAUUAAAGACCAUUCAGUUUCCGAUUUAAAUGUUCUCCGUAAUUAAUAUGGCUACACUGUACCACUUCUAUAGAAAGAAAAAAAUAUAUAUAUCGAUAUCUUGCCGUAAAAAGUAAUAGUAUAAAUUAUGUAUAAAAAAUUUCAAAUUAAAGUUCAAAAGAAUUCUAGUUAAUUAAUGGGAAAUGUUUAAAUUAGAAACUGAAUGUUUACAAAAGUUUAGUGAUAAUCGACUGUGAAAAAGUUAAAAAAAACAAUAUAAAUAUAUAUAUAUACAAAUAUUAAAAUUA